AGCGGGAUACACCCGGAAAAUCGCUGGACUGGGGUUGGAAAAUCAAAAGGAAAAUCGUCUGUGUCGUGUCUGCAAAGUUAUGGCUGAAAAUUCUCCAAAUUUCAUCGAGUUUUCGACUGAAUAGUAUUCAAUAGCAAAGUUAAUGUAGUUCAACAGAAAUUGAAGUCGUUUUUGAAUGUGAAAACCGUCUGUAGCUGCGUGGAAAAGCGUUUGGAAAAUUGCUUCACCACCACCCCACCAAGAGAGUUCCAGUUCUCUUAGGUCGGUGAAGGAUGCGCCACAAGAAGGGCAACAUCCGGUUCGUCGCCACCGCCAUGUCCUAGAAGAAACGGACUACGCCGUAGUCUGCUGGAUGUCGUUUAUCUCGAGCGAUAGUUAGAUUGUUUGCUCAGUUGAAGCGUGCACAAUUCCAACAACAACCACAAUGCCCGAACACCUGGAACUGCAACAACUGGUGGGGGGCGUCCUUCAGGGUGGCGUCCGGCACCACUCUCUGUCGUGGCUGACCUGUACGUGCCCCUACUUGGGGCUCAUUCUGGCCACCGUGUCUUCGCUGUUCUUCUCGCUGUGCUCGGUGAUUGUGAAGGGGCUGGUUGAUAUUAAUCCGAUUGAGUUGGCGACCUUUAGAUUCAUCGGAGUCCUGCUGCCGUCGAUCCCGAUCGCCAUCUACAAGGAGGAGAGUCUGUUCCCGCGAGGUAAGCGAAUCAUUCUGGUGCUGCGAUGCUUCGUCGGUACGACCGGGCUCAUGUUGAGCUUUUACGCCUUUCGGCACAUGCCGCUGGCGGACGCGUCCGUUAUCAUCUUUUCGACGCCCGUCUUUGUGGCCCUUUUUGCGCGUCUUUUCCUGCGCGAGUCGUGCGGAAUGUUCAAUGUGAUAACGAUCGUGCUAACGCUCAUCGGAGUGGUGCUCAUUUCGAGGCCGUCGACGCUGUUUGGCGAGGGGGCGGCGAGUAGUAUGGCCGACGAGCAGGUCGUCGAGACCAGCUACGAUGUGUGGGGACCGGUGGCGGCCCUCUCGUCAACGCUGUUCAGCGCAAACGCUUACGUACUGCUGCGAGCCCUCAAAGGCCUGCACUACUCGGUGAUCAUGACCAACUUUGGUGCGUUCGCGUUGGUUUACACCCUCAUCGUUUGCUACUAUUUGGGAGCACUGUGUUGGCCACUGUGUGGUACCGAUCGGCUCCUCGUAAUCGCCCUGGCCCUGUUCAGCUUUGGAGGUCAAAUCCUCCUCACGCUGGCGCUUCAGUUUGAGCAGGCCGGUCCCGUAGCGAUCGCCCGCUCCGCCGACAUUGUGUUUGCCUUCAUCUGGCAGAUCAUGUUCUUCAAGGAGACGCCCACGCUCUACUCGGUGAUGGGCGCACUGCUCGUCGUCAGCUCCGUGCUCCUCUCCGGGCUGCGAAAGUGGGCACUCGCCCUGCCCAGGGAUUCGGAUUUGAGGAAACGGUUAAAAUUUCUGUUUCUAGAAUAAGUCCCCUCCCUGUCCAACUCAUACUAGUCUAAAGGAAAAAGCAGUGAGAAAAUCACGAAACAUCCACAUAAACAAACCCACACACGUAAGAAGAAAAGAAAAAAUCAAACUAAUCGCUCUAUCAUAUUUCUCAAGUCCGCGUUAUCGUCUAAGGCUAGGGAAUAUUUUUCAAUGGUAAUCUUAAUCUUACAAACAAGAAACACAAAAAAAAAUCGCCUCGACAUCAAGAGGGCGGUUUCCGAUGGAAUAAGAGAAAACUUUAAAGGAAUUGUGGUUAUUUUUUGCGAGAGAGAGAGAGAGAGAGAGAGAGAGAGAGAUAAAAGGAGAAGUUUAGCUGAUUGAUCGCGUAGUGAUAUUACUAGUGUUCGUACAUGUUGGGCAGUUUAGUAUUUACAUUUUUUUUUUCCUUUUCUUUGCCUUCCCUUUAUGUCCUUUUCA